AUGGUAAGUCUCUGUAACCACUACUCGGACAUCAGAAGAGUUCUGCAAAAAAUGCUGGUCAUGUUUUCAAUGUUCACCCUGUGCGCAUUCCUGUUUUACUUAUUGGCCGGCUGCUGCAACUCUUUACCUUUGGAUACUGUGGACAGCAUUGCUGUGAAGCAAUCUACCCAGUUAUUUUACAAAACGUAUGGGGAAAGCUUUGAAAAGAAUGUAUCAAAUUGCACUAACGGUAUUGUGGUCCCGGCUCCAGUUAUAACAUCUUUAGAAGGUACAAGUGAUUCUGGAUCGGAAAACAGCAAUAUUAGCAAGGACUGGAUAGCGGUGCGGAGACUACCUCAAGCACUGAUCCUUGGCGUUAAGAAAGGAGGAACCCGGGCACUCCUCGAAUUUCUGCGACUUCAUCCCGACAUUCGAGCGUUGGGAUCCGAACCGCAUUUCUUCGAUAGACAUUACGCAAGAGGGAUGAACUGGUACAGGAGCAUGAUGCCUAAAGCCCUUGAUGGACAGAUUGUAAUGGAGAAGACUCCAAGAUAUUUUGUGACAGCUGAGACGCCUGCACGCAUCCACUCCAUGUCAAAGGACAUCAAGUUAAUUGUUGUGGUACGGGACCCAAUUACAAGGGCAAUUUCAGACUAUACGCAGAUUAUAUCUAAAACUCACGACAUCCCCAGUUUUGAAACACUCACUUUUAAAAACAGGACUACAGGACAAAUUGAUUCCCUUUGGAGUCCAAUCUGGAUUGGACUUUAUGCUCAACACUUGGAGAAAUGGCUCACCUACUUUCCCCUGUCACAGAUCCACUUUGUUCAUGGGGAAAGACUGAUAAGUGACCCAGCAGGAGAACUAGGAAAAGUCCAGGAUUUUCUUGGCCUCCAAAGAAUCAUUACUGACAAACACUUUUACUUUAACAAGACAAAGGGGUUUCCUUGUCUGAAGAAACCAGAAGGAAGCAGUAAGCCUCAUUGCCUAGGCAAGACAAAAGGCAGGACACACCCAAAAAUCGACACAGAAGUAAUAAAAAAACUGAAGGAUUUCUACCAUCCUCAUAAUCUGAAAUUCUACCAAAUGGCAGGGCAGGACUUUGGUUGGCAGUAAACUAGACAUGGGCCUAUUCAUGAAAGAGGCAGGCACAAAAUAAGAAACACACUUUCUUUAAGGAAAAGAACCGCAAAGCAUCACUUGAAAUUAUUUAUUAUGAAGAAACACAUGUGCAGUGCAUUGGGAUCUUUUGGUCUUCUUUACUUAAACUACCAACAGGCCAUCUAAAAGUUGUGUACCAAGUGCUGUAAUCCAGAAAGGUUCAGAAGACCCCAUCCUUAUUGUUCCUUGAUGUCUUACAGAUAAAUUGACAAAUUCCAUUUCCGGAAAGCACAUGUCACCCUUUGCGCAAAAUUACAGAUCCUUUGAACAAUGUUGAGGAUAGACAACAUGUACG